AUGGCCGACCCUUCUUACGACGCCGAUGCGUUUGACUUCAAGCUCUACCGCUACGGCCCAUCACUCCCAGCCGCAGUCGUUAGUGUUGUUAUUUUCGCCAUUCUCACAGCAGCUCACGCAUGGAGAUUAUUCCGUGUACGGGCUUACUACUUUACGGCUUUUACAAUCGGUGGCCUCUUCGAAACGAUAGGUUACGCUGGUAGAAUAUGGAGUCACUUCGAUAAAGAAUCCAUCGGCGGCUUCGUUGUACAAGCCAUUCUUAUCCUCGUCGCCCCUGCCCUCUUCGCCGCAUCGAUUUACAUGAUCCUCGGCCGAUUGAUACGAACCAUUGGCGGGUCUCACUUAUCGCUUAUACCCGUGCAAUGGGUUACACGCAUUUUUGUGACGGGCGAUGUCAUCGCGUUUGGUCUACAAGCUGGUGGUGGAGGCAUUCAAUCUGCUGGUACAUUGGAGCUCUAUGAGUUGGGCGAAAAGAUUAUUAUUGCUGGUCUAUUCGUCCAGAUUGUCGUCUUUGGCUUCUUCGUUGUCACGUCGUUCCUUUUCCACUGGCGAUUGACCAAGUGUCCUACCCCCGAAUCUUUGCGAGGUGUCGUGCCGUGGAGGCGAUACUUGUACGUUCUUUACGUAUCGAGUUUCCUUAUCCUCGUCCGAAGUAUUUUUCGAGUGGUGGAAUAUCUACAGGGUAACAAGGGAUAUCUCAUUUCACAUGAGGUCUACUUGUACGUGUUUGAUGCUAUUCUGAUGGCUCUUGUCAUGGCUAUUCUUGUGGUCUGGUAUGUCGAGUCUUUGCAGAUGAAUAUCAAGACAUCGGAUGCCGAGAACGUGGAAUUGUCGGCCUAUGAGACUUUUGAACUCAGCGACGACCGUCAGCGACGGAAAUAG